AUGGCCGAGUUGGCUGCCGACCCAUUGAACGAGGAAGGACAGAGACUAUUGUACGAAGAGAUCCAAAGAGAGAAUAUCGAGCAAAACAUGCACCACGCCAUCGAACACACGCCAGAGGUGUUUGGACGUGUCAUUAUGUUGUACAUUGACACUACCAUCAACAACAUUCCCAUCAAGACAUUUGUCGAUACCGGUGCCCAGCAAUCCAUCAUGACUGCAAAGUGUGCUGAACGUUGUGGAUUGAUGCGUCUCCUCGAUAAGCGAUUCCACGGAGUUGCCAAGGGUGUUGGUACCGCCAAGAUCUUGGGUCGUGUCCAUGCUGCCAACAUCAAGAUUGGAAACUCUAAUUUUUCAAUUGCCCUCUCUAUCCUCGACAAUCCAUCUCAAGACACUGAGUUUAUUUUGGGUCUUGAUAUGCUCAAGCGUCAUCAAUGUAUGGUCAAUCUAAAAAAAGAUUGUUUAGAGAUUGGCGAGGAACAUGUACCAUUCUUGGCUGAAAAGGAUCUCAAAGAAAUCCUUGGACUUGAUGAAAGUUUACCUGAAAAUUAUACUCCACCAACUAAUGAAAAUAAUAAUAAUAAUAAUAACAAUAACAAUAAUAGACCAUCAUCCACCUCUUCAACUUCUUCUACAUCCAACUCAUCACCAACCACCAAUACAAAUAUUAGAAAUCCAGUUGCACCUACCAUUGCAUCACCACCAUCGGCACAAACACAAGCAACACCAACCUUUCCAGAAGAAUCCAUUGGAAUGUUGAUGUCAUUGGGUGCCUCUAGACAAAAAGCUAUUCAGCUGUUGACAAGAGCAAGAGGUAAUGUUGAUCAAGCCGCAUCUCUCUUUUUUGGAAUUAAUAGUAAUAGCAUAUAUUAUGUUCUCAACAUCAUUGCCCACGUACCAGAUAAUGGGGCUCCUGUUGUUCGACCUCUGAUGGAGAAACUCGGACGACAAGCUUUUCAUUGGGAUCGUAUUGGUGAUCUGUCUCGUCUGGCAGUGUCGAUUCUCCUCAACCGUAAAGAUGAUAUGGAGCCAAUAAACAAAGAAAUAAAGGAGUGGGAAGAGUACAUAAGCUAUACCAAGCUGCCUUUUCAGGUUGAAAUAGAUUCCACACUUUGGGAUGAUCACUCCAAAGAUGGUAAGGUGCCGUUUAACAAACUCCGUGAUCACCUCAAAAACAAUCAAGGUACUCGAAAACUUUUAGAAUCGUUUAGAGCCAAGAGUAAACUGGUUUACCUCAGCCUAAUAGACUCUGACACGGUUGACUUCAACUUUAUCUAUGAAUCGUAUGAUCGCAUCAUAUCAGAACGCAUCAGAAAACAAAAAGAACCACCAUUGGUUAUAUCAACAGGAUACAAGUUUGACGCGAAGAAAUCAGAGCCGCUCGAGCUUGCUUGCACACUAGACAGAAGCAUCAGAAUCAUCACUUGUAAACACCUCCCGUUUGGAGCCUACUACCCAGAGCCAAAUACCAUCAUCCUUGCCAGAGACGACCCACCAUCGUUUAUCUGCCCAACUCACCCCACCAAACGAGAAACAUCUUCUCUUAUCUACAACUUGAUGGUCAGACACAACCUAUUUGACCAAUUCAAAAACGGUAAAGAAAUCCCUUUCUUGUUUGUUGACGCCAAUCCUCUCAUCACCACAAUUCCGGAGCGAGUCAAGAAAGCGGGUAAGAAAAUUAUAUCCACAUAUGUCGACCCUCAUGAUAUUAAGGAUGAAGAUUUUGAACUUCUAAAGGGUAUCAACCAAUCCCAUGCAAAUCCACUCCUCUGGCACAAGUGCCUUUUCAUAAACUCCAACUAUGUGGCUUGGAAGCAACCCGGAAGCACCCUCAGUCAUAUCAGUCUCUUUAAACCGUUUUGUAACCUUGCCCUUCAUAAUUUAUAUGGUAGGCCGCUCCAAUCGCCUAAAGCAGAGUCCGAGGCCGUCAUCAAUCAAUUUCUUCACCAUCGGGUGGCUGAAGGUAUUUACAACAUCCUUAAAGAGUUCCCGUCAUUGACCCACACGUUCCACAAGGUAUUCCAAACCUUGAGGGUAUUUGAAACCGUUUCUUUCAAUGAUAUUUUCGAUAGUGACCCUCUCCUAUUUGGACAAAAUAUCGGGGCCAUCGACUCAUUCUCUGAACUCCUAUCCGACGGAACAAUCGAUUUUAAAGAUGCCUAUCAUCUCCACCAAGAGGGAUUGGAUGGCUGUGAUAUGAAAAAGCUCAAGCAACUGUUGCCUCGUGGGAAGGACCAAAUUCAGUUUGCACUAGAACAUGGCUCCGAUGUGUCCUCGGCUAUUAAAAUCGCGGGAGUGUUAGACACGGAUGAUGUUGAAGGAAUCAUGUACGAGUUGUCUUCUAUUAUCAUUUCAAAUGACAACAAUGAUGACUCGGAUCAAUACGACGAGGAUGCAGAUUAUAAUGAUGGUUUAACAAGAAGAGAGCAAACUGCUGUGGACGAAUACAAUGCUGAUCGAUCACAUGGAUAUCACUACAACUCUGGUGGUAACUUUAGAUAUGAUGGUGAUGAUUCUGAGGAAGAAAGCGAUGAUGAAUAUGGACAUGUAUACCAAUCUCAGCGCCUUUUCCAUGGGUAUGGUCAAGACGAAUAUGAAGAUGAAUAUGAAGAUGAAGAUGAAGAUGAAGAAGAGGUAUGUGUACCUGUGGAAGAUGGUAUUGUUUCUGACGAAGAACGAUUCUACUAUGAAGAUGAUGAAGUCGAUUAUGAAAGUUCUGAUGAAGUUCUAAUAUAUGAGGACGAUCUAAUAGAUUAUGAAGACGAAUAUGAAGAUGAAGAUGAAGAAGUAUUUGAUCCUGUGGAGGACAAAGAAGACGAUAAUAAAACAAAUACUCUCUAA